AAAAAAAAUUAAAACAUUAAAGCGUACAAACAGAACCUGGGCAUGGCGACGGGGGAGGAUCUAUGGCAGCAGAUGCUGCGCGACUGCUCUGUGCGGUCCAAGCUUCCGGUAGCCAACUUUCUGUUAGUGGGCGAUGCGGAGAGCGGCAAGUCGGCGCUGCUGGCGCGCCUGGACGAGGCAAAGUCGACGCCCUCUGAGACGGCUGACGAAACACACGCCGUGGAUACGCUGCUGGCCUUCAAGACGCUCGACGUGCUGGACCCGCGGGCAAAGGAGAGUGGCGGUGAUGCCUCUGAGGAUGUGAUGGCACAUAUCGGCACUUGGAGUCUCAACGACUUGAACCUGAAGGACCUCAUUAAGAUCGCGGUGAAGCCCCAGACCCUGCAGAAGACGGUGGUGGCAAUUGUGCUGGAUCUCUCGCGGCCCUGGACGAUUAAGAGCUCGUUGGAGCAGUGGCUGUCGGCGUUGGAGGGUCAAUUACUGGAACAGAUCAACCAGUUGGCUCCUGAGACCAGGAAUGAGCUGUAUGGGGCUAUCAAGCAGCAUAUUUUGGCCUAUGAAGACCCGAGUGUUGACCACUCUGCACCGACGCCUAUGGACACAUCUACGAAUGAAUUCAUGGAAGAAGGGGUGCUAUCGAAAAACUUGGGUGUGCCUCUCGUGAUUGUGGUGGCUAAAGCGGAUCUGCGUCCAGAAAACUCAGUCAAGAUGGACUACAUCGAGUAUACUUUGCGCCAGUUCGCGAUUCGAUAUGGCGCGUCAGUGGUGUUUACAUCUGCCAAGACCGGAUCCAACGUGGACACUCUUCGCAAGUAUAUUCUGCAUCGCGCUUAUCCGUCCCAGUUCAAGUUCACGGAGCCGCCACAACUAGUGGACCAUAACAGCAUUUUCAUCCCGUCGGGUUACGAUUCUUUCGAGCUGGUGAACCAGAGCCUUGUGGGAUCGCAGGCGCGUUGGCCCACUGACAAACCAUUCGAGAAAAUCGUCCCGGCACCGACAGAAGAGACAGAUGAUGCUGCUGCAACACUCGCUACUGACAUCCGUGUGGACACCCACGAGCAGUGGCUGGAAAAACUGGAGAAGGCUGCCGGCGCGGGUCUGGAAGAGCUGCAAAAGCAAAGUAUCGAGGCGAGCAAGAAGGCGGAGCAGGCAGCAGUCGCUCGUCGCGCUGCAGCUGAUCGUCGCAAGCGCGAAGAGAAGGACGUGAGCUCGAAGCACUUGCAGAACUUCUUCAAUAACCUACUGAGUCGGCCAGAGAAGACUAGAUCUUCUCGGUCCAUGAGUGACAAGAAGAAGGAAAAGAGCGACAAGGCGUUGGGUGACCAGGAGGCGAAGCGCUCCGCUGUUUAGAACAGAUCGUUCAAGUCGUUGGAGAGUGCGAUGCAAAUACAGUGAGUAGGGAGCGUUUACGUGAUGAUAAUUCUUUUAUGAGGUAGUUAUCCAUCUCGCUGGUUUAAUAAUUCUUCUACGCUUUGAAGAGAAUCUCGAUGGUGAGUGCCUGUUCUAGAUUCAGGUGGAGGUGAUGUAUGCGUGAAUAGCAUCGAGUUGAUACUAUUGACGGGCGUUGGAGAGUUCAGCGCCAUGUGAAGCGACUGUCGCCGUUCCUGAACGCGAGACAGUCGACCCUGUGUGUCUUUGAGCAUUUCGACCAACCGCUGGAUCUCUUCUAAGUUGAUGUUCAUGUUGUCUAGUUCACUGUUGACAGCGAUG